GUCUAGCUUCCUGGCACGGCUAGCCAGCUGUAAUGUUACCUAGUUUGUUUAAAUGGCCUCGCGGCUGCUCUGUAGCCUCCGGCUCGGCGUUAGCUUACGACGCUCUCCAGCGACCAUAUUUAAACCUCUCGGGUAGGCGAGGAAUUCAAGCGAAGGCGGCCGUAGUCUAGCUAACAGCUGCCGCGUAUAGUUUGCAGCGAGAGCCCAACUCCUCGCUGUGCGGUGUGCCCCUUUGUGUGGCCGGUGAGCCCGGAGCAGCGACAGCGUAUCGAGGCGAGGAUUUAAAGCUCCAGUAUGUCCAAGCGGCGCUCGUCGGAGAGGGGGGCUGGAGAGACAUCAGGCAGAGCCAGCAAGCUGCAAUGUUCUGGGAUUUCCGGCAGCAAUGCCAAGAGAGCUGGGCCCUUUAUCCUUGGGCCUCGCCUGGGCAACUCACCAGUGCAGAGCAUAGUGCAGUGUCUGGCCAGGAAAGACGGCACCGAUGAUUUCUAUCAGCUCAAAAUCUUGACACUGGAGGAGCGGGUGGACUCUGCUGGGGAGACGCAAGAGGAAAGGCAGGGGAAAAUGCUGCUGCACACAGAAUACUCCCUCCUUUCUCUGCUUCACAACCAGGAUGGGGUGGUCCACCACCAUGGCCUUUUCCAGGAUCGAGCUUAUGAAAUCGUGGAAGACAAGGAAGCCAACAAGGUGCGCAAGAUGAAGAAGCGGAUCUGCCUCGUGCUGGACUGCCUGUGUGCUCAUGACUUCAACGACAAGACGGCAGAUCUAAUAAACCUGCAGCAUUAUGUCAUAAAGGAGAAGCGACUAAGCGAGCGUGAAGCGAUUGUUAUCUUCUACGAUGUGGUGCGUGUAGUGGAGGCGCUACAUAAGAAAAACAUUGUGCACAGAGAUCUCAAACUGGGAAAUAUGGUGCUGAACAAACGCACUCACAGAAUCACCAUCACCAACUUCUGCCUGGGAAAGCACCUGGUGAGCGAAGAUGACCUGCUGAAAGACCAGAGAGGAAGUCCGGCGUACAUUAGCCCUGAUGUAUUAAGUAGUCGGCCGUACCGCGGUAAACCCAGUGACAUGUGGGCUCUUGGUGUCGUCCUGUUCACCAUGCUGUAUGGCCAGUUCCCCUUUUAUGACAGUGUACCUCAAGAACUCUUCCGCAAGAUCAAGGCUGCUGAGUACUCCAUCCCAGAGGACGGCCGUGUGUCAGAGAAUACAGUAUGCCUCAUUCGAAAACUGCUGGUGCUGGACCCUCAGCAGAGGCUGACUGCAGGAGAGGUGCUGGAGUCCCUCAGUGGCAUCAUAGCCUCAUGGCAGUCUGUUUCAUCGAUGAGUGGCCCUCUACAGGUGGUUCCAGACAUUGAUGAUCAAGUCAAUCAUCCAGAACAUCUGCAAGAGGCCAAGGCGAUAGAAGAGUCUUCACAGUACGAAUUUGAGAACUACAUGCGUCAGCAGCUGCUGCUGGCGGAAGAGAAGAACACUAUUCACGAGGCCAAGAGCUUUCUCUCCAAGCGGCAGUUUGGCAGCAUCCCACCUGUAAGACGUCUAGGCCAUGACGCCCAGCCCGUCAGCCCGCUAGACGCUGCCAUCCUGGCCCAACGUUUCCUUCGGAAGUGAUCCCCAACUACCUAUACUGCCUCUCUGGCCUCCCCAGAAACUAAAGAAGCCUGCAGAGUUCAGAGAAGACUGAGGAGGAUAAGCCCCAAAACUGACCCUGCAUACAGGAGGCCCAGCACCCGCAGGGGUACAGACAGCUCCAUAUGUAGGGGGAUUGCAGCAAGCUAGGUGGAGUUGAUCAGAUCUGUGCGCCACAACAAACUGCCAGGUGAGACGGAGAGGCCUGCAGGAAGAUCUGAACCAAAGGUUCCUUGCCCUCAGGUUUCCCAUUGUCAGAUCUCACUGUGCUACAAACCUGGCAGCAUUCACACAAGGCGCUAACAAAGGUUCUGCUUGGAGUGUUGAAGAAACUAUUAACCAUAUUCCUCCUCCUCCUCCUCCUCCUCCUCCUUUAAGGUCUCCCUACUGUAACACUUCCCUCAUCAGUUCUGGGAACCCUGAGAAAUACAGGACCAGAACCAUGUAGCAACCCCUUCUCUAGUGGUUAAUGGUAUUGCCUCAAGUCAGAUCACCUGUUCACAGAUGUCACUUCUGUAUACCUCCAUUCCACCCUCCUCCUCUCACUCCUUCCUUUUCCUCUCUACUGUUCUCCUGUAUAGAAAAUAACCCUGGUCCUGUCUGUAAUUCUGACUUCAAAUCAAUCUACCUCUCUGUCUUUCUUCUCUGUUGGUAAACCAUGCUCACUGUUCUGAGACAAGGGAUUGUAACAAUUGAGUUUUGAUGCCACCAGUGACAUAAAGCAUUAAUGUUUUCUGUCAGAGUGAUGCUUUGAAACCUUUUGAGUGGUUUCGAAAAAUCUGAAUAAGCUUUUUUUUUUUUUUUUAAGUCAUACCUACCAUAAGAAGUAGCAUUUUAUCCCAAUAUUUGCAUUGAAGAAAACGCUGAAUAUCAAAGUAUGUGUACAAGCAUCCUUGGAUAUUUGCAGAAUGCAUUGUCUCCUACUUUUGCCCAUCCCUGUGGAAAUCUAUUUUUAGCAUCUAGGCAGCUAGUGUGAGGUACCUGGAAGUCACAUUGCCAAGAACUGAAUGGGAAAAAACUGUUGGAUCCUCCCUGCCAAGGCAUAUUAAUGGUAACACUUCCCCGGUGCCACUGUAGUGAAGAUCAGGCACGGUCACGUUUCUAUUGCCAAAAAUGUUGUCUUAAAUUUAUUCUAAGCCAAGGAAACUGGUACCCACAGUCCCAUUCAGAAUCAAAUGGCUUCCAGGUAUUCUAACUUCCCUGUUUUUCUUUGUCAAGACAGAUCAUGGGACAAGUGUUUCUCAGUAUGAAUGUGAACAGUCACUCUAUCCUUUUAAUACGUCUGCAGUAUCCAUGAGUGUGUGUGUGUUCUUUUGUUUUGGGCCAGGCAAAAAAAAGAGUCUGUGGAGUUGUCAAGCUCUUAACCUCUGACAGCCUCAGACCUUUUAAGCUAUCCUCCAAUCAUUGUGUUCUGUUAUCUGGCCUGCCUCAGAGGCAGACACUGUGAAAACCAGAGCAGGCUUUACUAAGACAGGGCUUGACUGAAUGUUUUAGAGGAUGACAUGAAUGCUUUGCGAUUGGACAUGAUCACAUAUCUGUUGCCAUUCUCAAGCCCUCUCUUGAGCUUAACUUGUACAUGCUUGUAUCAUCUCACCAUGUAGGCUCUCCUAGAGACUAGCUGGUGGCUGGUAAUCAAUACUGUAAUAUUUAGACAAAGGAAAAUACAGAUAGACUUUAAUUUAGUUGCUGAGUUAUCUUGGCGUUCUUCAGUUUAUGAAAGUGUUUCUUCAAACCAUGGCAAAGCUACUAACCAGUGACUGUUAGGCAUCUGUACACUGCAACUUGCCUUUGCGUAUUGGUACCUGCUUUAGGCUCUAGACUUCUUCCUAUUUAUAUUCAAACUGAUUGCAUGAACCUUGACUCUGGAAUAUUUUUCAAAUGUCUUUACUUGUUCUCCUUUCUUUGUCAUUUUGAUUUAUUUAUUCACUUGUGUAGACUUUUCCCCUAAACCACUGGGGCUUGUAUCACAGACAUUGAUUGUAGACAGUCAAAAACCUAUGCCAGUGAAACAGGCCCCAUAUCACUUUGCUCUCUCAGCUUUAAGAAAUCCAACAAUAGCUCAACUUCAGCCAUCGAAGUUUGAUCAUUUUCAGCCUCAUUCAUGAAAGAGUAGCAUUUUAUUUCCUUUCUGUGGAUUACUAAACCAUUUUCUUGCCAUUUUGCCACAAAGUCUGUGGUCACCUUAAGCUACACUAAUAACGAGACUGACUUUUGCAUAGUUCUAUUUUUUAAAGAAAACGAUACUCGCACGUUAUCUUGAUUUAUGGGAGGGGGGGUUUUGUAGUGUUUUUUUUUUUUCUUUCAUUACCCCCAAAUCCCCACGAGUCUGCGCUCUCUGGUCAGUAUGUAAAUAAUGUACCAUCAUGACUGCGCCAGUCAUAUUGUAAUGUAGUUCCACGCAGUGAGACACCAACUCUGUUUCAACACAUGCCGAUUGACGUGUAUUUUACCACCACAUUUGGAGCCUAAAAUAUGUAAAGAGAGCUGUCGGCUUUCUCCCACCUCAAUGUGAAUUCUAUGGGUAUACAGCAGUAUUGUAGUAGUCUAGGUUCAUCAGAAGAGGGUGUUUUCUGAACACUGUAGGCAUUGCUGAAUGUUCAUAUUAACAGUGGCCAGUGGAAAGUGUCCAAUGCCAUCUUCCAUGAGACACCACUACAGAUUACUAACUAGAGGUUAAAUGUACAUGUUAUUAUCUGUACCCCCCAAACAAAAAGUGUUUCACUUCCUAGCUAGUGGAUUGUACCACAUUCAAUGUUUGUUUUACGGAGUUGUAUUGGUAGACUGCAUUGUGGACUGAAAAGCAUGGAAAUAGUGUGAGGUAAAACUCUGUGUAAAACAUGUGAGUGUUGCAUGAUUUUGAACUUGGAAAGUUUGAUAGAGCGAAUACAAUUUGAAGUUAAUUUACCCCUUUGGAUUCUAGGAAAGGUAAAUCUAAAGAAAGAAUGAUCUACUCCCCCGACUGGAUGAAAAGUACAGCUUUAUUAGUUUUUAAUUAUUAUUUUUUUUCCACCCUGGUUGUCAGUAUAUAACUGAUAUAUUACUGACUGUUUCAACUGGAAACUUGGUGUAGGAUGUGAAAUGUGGCGUAGUUUAAACCCAAUGGGACAAUGUGUUGUAAGCUGCUUGGUUGGACAUGGGCAUCUAAAUACAGAAAACUGCAUAAUUGUACAGAUGAAACACACGUUUGUAUAAAAAAAAACAUAUUUUUCUACUUCAUCAGAUCUCUACAUGCAUGUCAGCAAUAAACUUUGAUAUGGAAGCAUU